AUGAGUAGUUUACCGUAUUUAAAAAAAUUGAACAAUGCAUUUACUAUAUUUUCCAGAUCUUAUGCCUUUAAGAGCGAUUUAAAAAUAAAAUGGGUUCGUCCUGAAAAAAUACCAUGUUUUAAACCUGAAAAAAGUGGAGAUCUGCAAGGUUUUUCUAUUAUAAAUAAAUCUGAAACGAUAUUAGAAUUUCAAAAUUCUAAAGAGUUGGCAACAGCAGACGAUAAUGUUAAAAAACUUUUUUCUCUGGAGUUUGCUCCGAAAAAGUGUGCAAAUAAUUUAUAUAUUAAGAAUAUGAUGGGUAAAGUACAAAGACACGAAUUAGAUUUCAGUACUAUUGAAACGAAAAUAGCUAGGUGGACAGGUAUAAUUCGAGCACUACAGGAAUCAAUGGAAAGGUUUCCAAGAAAUAUAAGAAUGAAAGUAACACUUAAGGAGUUAAUAGACCGAAGAAAAAAACAUCUAAAAUAUCUUCGUCGAUGGGACUACAAAAAGUUUGAAUGGUUACUAGAAACUCUUGAUUUAGUUUACAAACCUCCACCUAAUCAUUUUCACUGGAUUACUAGGAAAGAAUCAUUGAAAAAACUUACAGAUAAAUAUUGUGAUGGUAUAAAAGAAGAAAGAUUAAAGGCUUACAGGCUCACUUUAGAAAAUGAACAACCAGCCUUUUUAGAAGAAAAAAUUCGAACUUUGCAGUUCAUUAGAGACGAACAAAAAGCUUGCAAUGUAGAAGUAACUGUUACAGAGGAAGAGAUUAAUGAUGUGAAGAACCAGUUGGAAGAAUUAAAAAAGAAAAAUGCCGAAUCUAAUAAUCAGUUGAAUUAAAUGUAUUGUAAAUUGUUUCAAUAUCAAUGUUGUUCUAGCAACGGAAUAUAUGAUAUUGACAA